AUAAGCAUGAAAAUAUUGUAUGCAUGACAUAGAAUCGCACAUGUUGUGGUGAUCUGAAGUCGGAUUACUGCAUAGAGAAUGAUCAUUAAUCUGGUUUUGCCUAUGCGGAUGAUCGGAAUGAUCACUAGCAAAGUUUCCGCCGUGAAGCAACAAAGUAUCUCGGAGUCAGACUCCUUUUAAGUUUUUGCAAGAUUAUUUAGACUAGCGAUCCUGAAGAAAUCCGGAUACGAGAACCUCGCAGAAAGAUUUUAUUGGGGAAUAAAAAACUACGCUGUAAGAACAAAAUCGCACCUUGAAACUUGUCAGAAAUGAGAUGGAAACCUGUAUGAUUUUCAGGAAUUCAAGCGCCCUUAAAACGGUCUUGGCUUUGUUUCUUCAGACGUGUCAUUUCUUAGGAACUGUGAAAUGCAUUGGGGUUUAUCUACCGGACUUGAAGCGGGCAUUAGGACUAUCGUCAACUGAUAUUGGUCUUGCUAUUGGAUUAUUCGAAGCAUUUUCAUUCGUUCCAGGUCCAGUACUUGCGUACUGCUAUCGAAGAACCCACGGCGUGUUCCGGCGAUGUCUUCUGGUGACAGGUGCAAUAUUUGCAGCAGGAGGACUCCUUCUGGUAUCCAUGGUAACCAAUGGUAAAGAAUUGGCUGUCUGCUUAUCAGUUUCUGGUCUUGGUUCCAGCAUCCUGUCAAUUUCAUUGGUAAUCAUUCUGAGCGAUCAGUCUGGAGAGGCCUUUGCAGUAUUCUACGGAAUUGGUAAAUCAGGUUACGCCAUCGGAGUGGCUCUAGUUCCCCCGAUCGCAGACUACCUGAUGAGGAUUUAUGGAUGGAGAGGGUCCUUGAUGAUUAUUGGAGGUAUCGUGGCGCACCUUAUACCUUUCGUCUUGAUGGUUGAUCUCGACGUAGAGGGCGUCGUACAGAACGAUUUUGGGCCCUUCUACACCGACGAUGAAGAAAUUGAAGACCAAUUUGAUAGGUCCGUAAAAGAAGCGCUUAUCUCCAGACCAAGUAUCCAGGAAAAAACACACAAUGACGGGGAUAAAUCACACGUUGGCGGUAUUUACGCUGAAAUAAAACCGGCAAAUGAUGAAAUCGGAUCAGAAAAUGAAAAUGCAAAAUUUAGUGACAUCCAAGAGGUAACACCUGAAAAAUCAGCUACUGGUAGAAGAAUCGCUGGCGUGUCUAACAUGCAUAAUAUGUUAGAAAAAGGAUAUAAGCAAAAACGUCGGAUUGAUUGUUCUAAUUUUCAUCGAAUCUUCACAGACUCCAUAUACAAUCAAGAUCGCUGGAUGAUUCUCCUUAUGCUGGUCACGCUUGUAUUGUAUAUGGUAGACGCUAGUUGGUUUGCAUAUCUCAUCCCAUGUGCGAUUGCUCUUGAUAUUCCUACAUCCCAGGUACUAUGCCUUCCUUACUCUGCGGGAGCUGGAAUAUUCGUAGCCCGAAUUUUAGGCGGGUUCCUCGAGAAAUCUAAGCUUUUAUCUGGCCAAUCCUUGUUUCUUUUCUUUACCUUACUCAACAUCUUAUCACUUUUGUGGAAUAUCAUCGCUCCAAGAUUUGCUUUCAUGAUUGUGACUUCAUUCAUCUCGGCAUUCACGAUUUCCCAACGAAACCUUCUGUCGUUGGUCAUAUGUAAGGACAGGGUGCCUACGUCACAAUUCCCGAUGAUUCUGGCUUCUUAUGAAAUUGUUUGUGGAAUUGGUCUCUUUCUCGGAUCCUUGUUAUGUGGAUAUGUCGCAGAUGUGACGGGCUCUUUCAACGCUUCAUAUAUGUUCAUCGCAGGGGUAGAAAUCCUUGUAUCCUGUCUCAUGAUUCCAUCAAUAAUUGCCGAGAAGUUGAAGGAACGCACGGCGGACUAAACGAGAACCUCACAGAUACUUCACAAAUGUGUAUACUGGGAUAUACAUUUCAGGGUCAUUAAAAAAAAGAAGAGGAAAGCCGGCUGGAAAUUUCACCUGCAUAAAACAAUUGUGCAUUUGUGCUGAUGAUGUGACAUUGAAAUAACAUAUGAGGACAGAGGCGUCGAUCAUGGGGGGCAGGCAACCGCCCCACCAAUGAAAAUAUUGGGGGGGGGGGGGCAAACAUAUCGUUUUGCCCCCCCCAAUAAUUCCGCAUGUGAAAAAAAAUAAAAUAAGAUUGUAAUGUUACACAGAAAUCAGCAAGCGAGAUCGAGAUACACAACUCGUUCUUCAUCUACAAUCGUGCUCAAAAUGUCCGGUUUUUAGAUUAGAAUAUAAAAAAAUUUCAGCUCGCGCUUCGCGCUCGCAUCAUUUCUGUAGCAAAAACCCAUACUUUUCAUGAUUUAAUAGGUGAAUAGAAUGUCCCGUUUUCAGUUCUAUACCUCAAAAGAACUCCCACUUCGAUUUGCAAUAAUCUUUUGUUGGAUAUAUUUCUUGUUCUUUAUUAAAAACGUCAAAAACUUUUUUUUUUUAAGAUCAAAAUAUCAAAAUUUUCAGCUCGCGCUUCGCGCUCGCAUCUAUUAUUUUUAAUUUUUUUUAAAAUUUAAUUUGUU